AUCCAGCUCUUUUCUCUUCUAUCAACAACAAUGAAGUUCAGCAUCUCCACUCUCCUCGUUUUCCUCAUGGCUCUUAUUGCCUGCACUUCUGCCAUGCCUACUCCCAAGGAACUCACUGUUGUUGAGGUUGCCGAAUCACCUGCUAUUGAAUUGGUCAAGCGUACCAACUACCCCGUUACUGUUGAUGCCGAUUUGUACGUGAAGAUUGUUGCUGCUGUCAAGGCUCAGAUCAAGGUCAAGGUUCUUGUUGAUUUGGUUGCUUCCAUCUGUGCCGAUGUCAAGGCUGGUCUCCAGAUCAAGGCUAGUAUUCUCGGCGGUUUGAUCUCUAUUGAUGAUCUCCGCGUCAAGGCCAAGGUUGAUGCUUCCAUCAAGGACCUCAACGUCAAGGUUCAAGCUGAGGUUGAUGCUGAAGUAGAGGCCGAUGUGUAUGCUGUUUUGGAUGCCGACCUCCGUGCUCUUCUCAUUGGCAAGACCUUCACCCAGGAACAGCUCCUCGCCGUCCUUGUCGACAUUGAAGCUGCAGUCCAGGCCAAGGUCAAGGUUGUCCUCCCCACUCUCAAGGCCAAGCUCUCCGCCUACGUCUCUGCUCAGGUCGAUGUCUUGAUCAACAACCUCCAAGUCAACCUUAUUGGUCUUAUACAGAUCGCUGUCACUCUUGCUAUCGAUAUCAGCGCCAAGGUCAAGGCCUGUCUCGAUGUCGCCGUCCAGGCCUGCAUUGACUUGGAUGUCAAUGUGUGUGCUUUGGCCGUUCUUAAUGCCCUUUAAACUAGGACUACUUUAGUAUGUCUUAGAGACUGUAUUUCAUAUUUAUCAUUUCUUGUAUGCUAUCAAUAAAGCAAUUGUUCUUAUAUCAUAAAAAAACCCAAGGUGUCUAGAUCGUUCUCUUGUUAUAGUACAUUGUUGAUAUAAGCUGUUUUGUCAAACAGAAUUUGUGUGGUCAACUUGUUCUUAUAUCUAAAUGUUUUGGUGAACAUAUCUACUUUUUUUUUAUAUUAGAAUUAUUUAAUAAAAGUAUAUUAUCUUAUUCUAUUUGAAUACUAGUUGAUAUAAUU